GUUGCCAGUCCAGGACUUUAUUACUCAUUGUUGGAGAGAGCCUUUUCAUGAAUUCAUGGACUCUCUCCGACACGCCUACGAUGUGGCAGUGGUGAAGCCCAAUCUCUUUAUUUGCGCGUUUUCGCUCUUCCAAGGAGAUGCGAGUGAUAUCGAGCAAGCUUUGGGACAAUCCAUUCCACAAGCUCCCUUUGUGAAGGCAUUGAAAGCUGCGGAACGCUAUGUGGUGGUUCGAAAUCGGAUGGAGGACUUGUACACCCGUGCCUGGUGCCUGGUGGAGUACAUAUACGCUCAGAAGUUCGGUUUCUACAAGGACAAGGUGCUGAUCACAGGGCCAAAUCAAUUCUCGGAUUCUCGGACGACUUGCACAGAGAUUCGGGCAAGUAGCGAGGAGGACCGGCUGAAGAUCUUUAAGUUCAUCAUGGAUGAAGGCGGCCCUUCCGUGAUCGAUCCGCAGAUUUCAGAGUUUCGAGCUUUUGAUGCACGCUUUGGUUCUUCGCUAUAGGUUCUGCGACCUUCCCCUGCAAGAUCAGCCUGAAAGAAGGGCUUGUCAUUUCGAGCGGUUCAUCAGCACGGGAAAAAGCAUGGCAAACAUUUGAGUGAAAUCGGCGCAUUUUGGUGCAUCAUUUUCUCUUGGCUUUGCAGCUCCACCUAUCCGUUGCUUGAAUUCUCAAGUGGUGCAGACCGGCAGACCGACA